UAAUAAUCUCAAUUGAGCGCCUUAAUUUAUCAAUUUCCUUUAAAGAUGUUUUAGUUUAUAUUACUAUGCCAGUUGGUGUUCUGUUCACUUUAUAGUCUAGGCUCAGGGAGAUUAGAAUACUCUUUCCGCGUAUAUAUUUGGACUAUACUGAUAAUAUUAAUGCACAGAAGUUUAACAAACAUUAAAAUUAUUUACUCAAGAUACAACUAUCAAAUACGCUGAGAUGUGCACACAAUUUGAAUGAUUUUAACUACUUCUUGACUGUGCUUUAUGAAAUCAACUACUGUUUUAUGAAUUUUAAUUUAUCGAGAAAAAAUAAGCGAGAAAAAAGUGAAGGACGAAUUUUAAAAUGGUUUCGAAUAGUGAUAGUUUUUUAUCAGAUGAGGAUAUUUCAACUAUUGUUAAAAAUGCAGGUGUGAAUGUUAAAGAAAUACUUGAUUACAAUGUAAUUAAUUUGAAUGAGAAAAUGUUGGGCUACAUGGCAGAUUAUUAUAAACUAAAGAUAGAUAUUAAAACAGAUUUGGGUAAAGAAACCCUAAAUUAUUUUAUAAAAGCUAUACCUAGGACGAAUGAGGCUAAAGCUGAGAUGGCUCUGAGUAUGAAUUUAUUUGAUCAAGAGUUAAAUUUUUACAGAAUUAUCAAAGGGGAAAUAGAAAAUCCAGAAAUUCCACCGUGGAGCGCAAAACUAAUAGCAUCAUUAGAAGAAGCUACAAUAUAUGAAGAUCUAGAUGCGCAAAACUAUAGAGUCAGAAACAAAUUCCAACCAUUCGACGAACCACACACCUUCCAAGCUUUACAAACAUUGGCUAGGUUUCAUGCCUCCUCGUUAAUUUACGAAGAAAAAAAAAGGAUAGAAAUAAAAGACUGGCGCAUAGAAGAUGCAUUCGAUAAGUAUUAUGAUAUAGGCGGUUAUAAAAUGACCCAUCCUUGGUAUAUACAAUGUAUGGACGGGACGUUGGGCGCCAUUUUGUCUCAUUCGAAAUUCAAAAGUGACAUUCUCAAAAUGGUGGAAAGCCGUUGGACCGAAGUUUGGAGUAAAAACCUCGAUUUAGGAGAACCUUCUAAUGUAUUUAGGAAUGUUGUUACCCACAAUGAUUUGUGGAACAACAAUUUGAUGUUCCAUUACAAUGAAAAUGUUCCAGACGAUUGCAAAUUAGUUGACUUUCAAGGUGUAAGAAUUCAACCCCCUGCUGCCGAUGUAAUGCUUUUAUUACACUGCAAUUUGGAUUUAGAAUAUCGUGAAAAACACAUGAAUAUGUUUCUUAACUAUUAUUACAAUACACUUAAAGAUAUUUUCGAUAAGCAGGGAAUGAGUUUAACCAAAAUUAUGACCUUGGAAACGUUUUUAGAGUCAGCCGAAAAGUAUAGACAAUGGGGACUGUUUCUCGCUGUUUGUCUUUACCCCACUAUAUGGAUUAAAGAUGAGGUGAUAGCUGAGAUAUUUGGUGACACUCAACAAUACAAGGACAUAUUGACUAAAAACAAACGUGCGUUCAUAAACAAUAUGAUAGAGAAUAAUGAAGGUUUUAAAAAUAAACUCUUGCCUAUUUAUGAAGAGCUUGUAGAACGAUACUUCUUGUGAAUAGUUUAAAAGUUCUAAGAGUAGGUAAAAGCUUAAGCAUUGAA